CAUGACCAGGGGCGGACUGACAACUCAUGGGGCCCCCGGGCAAUAGGGGAUCAUGGGGCCCCUGUGUCCUUGCCCAAACUCAAAAAAGCCUAUGAAAAGGGUACCAGGGGCAUCUCAUGGGGCCCCCUACUGACCCCGGGCCCUUGGGCAGUGCUAAUAUAAUUUCUAAGUAUGGCCACCUCAUCUCCUCAUCCAAUGAACACUUAAACAGGCAGACGUACUAGGAUAUUUUUCUAAUGGUUUAUUAAAAAUCUCUGGCAACAAGGUCUUUCUUUAAUGUACAUCACUAAUGUGAACUGUAAGCUUCUAUCAUAGCACAA